UUUUGCUUUGAGUUUCACUUCAAUGUUUCUUGGAAAAAAUCGAAAUUUCAUGUAGCUGACGAGGAAUGUGUCACAGCCAUCGCCGACUGAGUUGCAGCGACAUCAAUGAAAAGUUCUCCACGUGCUUUCAAUGGUCGAAACUAAAAUGCCCACCGCCAGAUCAGCGGUUGUGCGAUGUCCUCCAACGGAGAGGAUUUCCUCGCACCGCCGAAGACUGUCGGUGGCACUACUGGAGUCAUCGCAACGAUGUGGUCAUACAGCAACUGGCGAAGCUACUCAAAGGAUGCCCCGAGAAGGUCGCCGGCUUUCUGUUCGAUCUGACAUUGCAAAACUACAAUCGGCUGCUCCAUCCCAAGCGCUGUGGCUACAAUGCCUGUCACGUUCCCUACUGUCAUCCGUAUGUCUGUGAACGCUACAAGGGUAUCUUCGAUGAGUACGGGAAUCUAAGGGAUCCCACCCAUCCUAGAAGUCUGUUCAAGCUCCUGGAAAUAUUGCAGAAUUUUCUAAAAGGUGAAACUUCUGGAUGUGUCCCAUUGCCUUUCGAUUCCAGUCUCAAAAAAGCCAAGCAAAAGCCCCUUGUAGGCUACCAAGUAUUGAGACCAAUGACUGCGGCAAGGUGUUAUGGAAUGGACUCUAAAGUAUUAAAAGAAGCCCUUGGACCAGGCUACCAAAGGACGCCUUCCAGCCAAAAAUCAGAAGACAUCCCAUCUACCUAUCAAGCUUCAAGAAAACCAAAAAAUGGCAAGAAACCAAUGGAUCUAUGAGAAAAGAAGAAAAACUUGAAU